UUUUGACCUUUACGAUUCUUAAAGGCGCUCUCGCCUUCGUUUUAUGUUUCUGUCUGCUUGGAACAUUGAUUUUUUUCUGUUUUAGUUUUGAAUCUCACGCUCUCUGAGAAUUCGCAGUCGGUUAUUCCUGUCUAUAUGACCUUUCAUUGAAUGAUUUGCCUCCGAGCUUGAAUUCUUCUUGCGUUUUUGACGACUACGACGACCACCACAAGACACCUUCCUAUUUUCUUAUCCUUACAAUAUAGGCUAUAGGGAAUUUCAUUGUAUUGGUUCAUCAUGGGUGUUCCUAAGUUCUUCCGGUGGUUGAGCGAACGGUAUCCGGCGAUCUCGAUGCUGAUUGCAGAAAGUCGGAUACCUGAAUUUGACAACCUGUACCUCGACAUGAAUGGUAUUAUUCAUAAUUGUACACACAAAGACAGCGAUUCCCCUACUUUCCGCAUGACGGAAGAUAAGAUGUUUAUCGCCAUAUUCAACUAUAUCGAGCAUUUGUACGGCAAAAUCAAGCCAAAGAAACUAUUCUUCAUGGCAGUGGAUGGCGUUGCUCCUCGGGCGAAAAUGAACCAACAGCGUGCACGACGAUUCCGAACAGCCCUAGACGCCGAGGUUGCGAAGGAGAAGGCCAUUAGUCAAGGAGUCGAGAUGCCUAAGGAGGACGCUUUUGACAGCAAUUGUAUUACCCCGGGUACAGAAUUUAUGGCUAAAUUGACGGAACAAUUGAAAUAUUUCAUCAGCAAGAAGAUUUCAGAAGAUAAGGACUGGCAAGGGGUCGAGAUCGUACUUUCCGGCCAUGAAGUACCAGGAGAAGGCGAACAUAAGAUUAUGGAAUACAUCCGGCAUGCGAAAGCACAGCCAGGAUACGAUCCCAAUGUUCGCCACUGUCUCUAUGGUCUCGAUGCUGACUUGAUCAUGUUGGGCCUUCUCAGCCAUGACCCCCACUUCUGUCUUCUUCGUGAGGAAGUGACAUUUGGACGCCAAGUCCAGAAAAAGUCCAAGGAGCUUGAGCAUCAAAAUUUCUACCUUCUACACUUGUCUAUGGUCAGGGAGUACUUGGAAUUAGAAUUUCAGGAGUUAGAACAGAACGACGCUCUGAGCUUCCCUUUUGAUAUGGAACGAGUUAUUGACGACUUUAUUCUCAUGGCGUUCUUCGUUGGAAACGAUUUCUUACCUAAUUUGCCUAAUCUGCAUAUCAACGAAGGUGCUUUGGCGUUGAUGUUUAAAAUGUACAAGGAGAUCUUACCAAAGAUGGGUGGUUAUAUCAACGAGCAGGGAGUCAUUAACAUGGAGCGUCUAGGCAUGCUUCUUGACGGCUUUAGUGACGUCGAAUUUCGCUUUUUCGAAGCUGAGUAUUCAGGCGAGCGAUGGAUUCAGGCCAAGAAAAACGGCGGAGAAGACAACCCCGAAUCACAGGAGAGAUCUAAAACCUUUACAAUCACUCCAGCACAGAAAAAUCUUUUGAAAGAGGUUAAGAAAUAUGUACUCAACCGACCUGAAAAGGCGGCAGAACCUAAACCUCUGGACUUUCCACCUACGCUGCCCGCUCGUGACCGUAAGUUUUUAGAGCAGCUUGCAGACGACCUUCGACUGCCGUGGACCACUGAGCCAGACGAGCAUGGCGAAAGAUUUAUAAGAUUUCAACUGCCUGCAAAACAAGAUGAAGACAGCGAAGAGGAGGAAGAUGAAGAAGCAUCUAUGGCUGUUCAACGUAUCAUCCGCAAAUACGAGAACGCCAAGGUCCAGGAACACUCUGCCGAAGACGCCCAGAAAGCAGCAGAGAAAAAGUACGAGGAAAAGUUCCAAGAGUGGAAGGACAAGUACUAUAUGAAUAAGUUUGAAUGGGGAUUGGACAAUCACGAAGAAAUGAGGAAACUGACGGAGAACUAUGUACAAGGACUUCAGUGGGUUCUGUACUAUUAUUACAGAGGCAUAGCAUCCUGGCCGUGGUUCUUUAAGUAUCACUAUGCUCCAAUGAUCUCCGACGUUAAAAAGGGUCUGAAGGCGGACACAAAUUUCCAACUUGGUCAACCCUUCAGGCCUUACGACCAGCUGAUGGGUGUUUUGCCUGAUCGAAGCAAGAAGAUCGUACCUGCUGCUUACCGCGAUUUGAUGACCUCGCCAGAGUCUCCGAUUAUUGACUUCUACCCUCGCGAUUUUGAGUUGGAUAUGAAUGGAAAGAAGAUGGAAUGGGAGGCGGUUGUCAAAAUCCCCUUCAUCGAGGAAAAACGUUUGCUGGAUGCACUUAAAACGAGAGAGCACCUUUUAACACCGGAAGAAAAGGCACGAAAUGGCUUUGGGGCUAGCCUUAGGUUCACCUACUCGCCUGAUGUAGAGUUCAUUUACCCAACGUCGCUCCCUGGUGUCUUCCCAGAUAUUCCUAAGUGCCAUUGCAUCGAGAAUAUCUUUGACUUGCCAACUAUGGAUGGUCUUGAGCCCUACAUUGGCUUAGUCGAUGGAGCUCAACUCGGAGCAUCAGCGUUAGCAGGUUUUCCAAGUUUGAAAACUUUACCCCACGUUGGUCAGUUAGGCUUUCAUGGGGUGUGUGUCUUCCAACAAGAGAGCCGGAACGAAAGUAUGGUCAUCACAGUGCUUGAUCCUGGAAGCAGGUCAAGUAGCUUGUUGGCUAAACAGAAGCUCGGAAAACGUGUCUUUGUGGGUUAUCCCUUCCUGCAAGAAGCGUACGUUAUCCGUGUUUCCGACGAACUGUUCGAUUACAUCUUGCCUGAAGGAGAGGAGCACGCCGUGAAUAUCCCCCAUACCGAAGCCCAGAUCGACCAAUGGAAGAAGAAAGCCGAUAAGAUUGAAGGGACGUAUAGUAGGAGGCUCGGCACGAUCAUUGGCCCUGUUGAGGCGAUGGUACAUGUUCAAUUGCUGAAGGGCUUGGUUAAGACCGACGAGGGUGCUACAGUGAAAGAAUUCGCAGAUAUUCCGGGGCAAGAGACCGAUUAUGCUCUUCAACUUGUCGUUGAUGAAGUGAUCAAUCCCGAUGAACGGUUCAUUGAACGUGAUGCUCUACCUAUCGAAGAAGAAUUCCCCGAAGGCUCUCGAGCAUUUUUCUUGGGAGAAUUCAACUACGGCAGGCCCGUACAUGUCACAGGGCAUGAUGAUGGCAAGGUAGAAGGAUUAAUAGCUGUCGUGAAGGGUCGAGAGUCUGAGUUUGGAAAGGAACGUGCUAGGGAUGCUGAGAGGUUCUGUCCAUACAUGCCCUCGUAUGCGAUUGCCCGGAGCCUGCAGCUAAAUCCGUUGGUAUUAGCCAAAAUUACCUCGUCCUUUUCUGUGGAUGUGGAGGGUCAGCGUGUUAACCUGGGUCUCAAUUUGAAGUUUGAGGCGAGAAAACAAAAGGUCCUGGGUUAUUCGCGCCGUGGUCCUUCCGGUUGGGAGUUUAGCUCCAAAGCAGUUGAAUUACUACAACAGUACAUGAUCAAGUUCCCCGAAUUCAUUGCUGGCAUUCAGGCGAGGCCACAGGGUGAUCGCUAUAAGCCAACUGACUUCUAUCCUGAAGAGACCGCCCUCGUGAAGAUCAAGGAAAUUCGUGAUUGGCUCAAAUCUAUCGAGGCCAAGAAUUUCGAGAGGGUUCCUCUAGAGGCUGAACAGCUUGAUUCCGACAUUGUCAAGUUAAUUGAGCAAGAUGCGGAUAAUCUCGUUCAAAGCCAGUCGGCAAUUCAACCCAAGAAGAUUAAGGGUGUUCCGCGGAGUGCUCUUCUCAGGCCAUCUGAUGUGGAGCAAAGACUCGGAAACCAGACGUUCAAACUCGGUGACCGCGUGGUCUAUGCCCAAGACUCUGGAAAAGUACCUAUAGCCACUCGAGGAACAGUCGUUGGUCUCACCCGGACGGCACGGGCCCUGCUUCUCGAUGUUGUUUUUGACGUUUCAUUCAUGAGCGGUACGACACUAGGCGACCGGUGUUCUCCAUUCCGGGGACAGACCGUUCUGUCCUCUUCUGUCCUGAAUGUUUCGUACCGACAGCUGCUCGCCACUAGCCGAGCAGGCACCAGCCAGCAGCAAAGUCAGUCGUCUCCUUUGACAGUCGCGGGUUAUGGCGCUCCUACUGGGCCCGGUGGACAGGGACAGCUGAAAGAAGCUGCAGCCCCUCCACCACUGAGUCAUUCUUACCGAGGUGCCGUAGCAGGCAUGGGUAACAGUCGCGGUAAUGGUUCCUCUAGGGGUCGGGUUAGUGGUCGGGGGGGACGCGGCUCCUCUAACGGAGUCGGGUCGCAGACGACUCUACCCUUUAGGCCUCAUCCGAACGGCGGAGAACAGCAGAGCGAUGGGUCGUUUCGUGGGGCCAGAGGCAGAGGGCGCGGCGGCGCUGCCCGUACUCGCGGCGGAUAUGUCGCUGUGGACCCCGAUCCCGAGGGGGGCGUAUUGAAGCACAACCCGAACUUCCGGCCACACAACUACUCACAAGUUCCCCCACCUAGGAACUUGAAUCAGCGCGGCGGACGAGGUGGUCGAGGAAAUUACCGGGGUUCUGAGCGAGGAAAUGGACAUAAACCGCAAGGGAGCUAUCGCGGCAGAGGUGCAGCAGCAGCGGGGAAUAACCAGGCUUGAACCUUUCGUCACGUCUAGCUUCGUGUGUAAAGUUACCUCAUUCCCCUGGCAUUUAGGUUAUAUGAAUUUACAGGGUGUAACGCUACUGGGUCAUUUGUAGCCUUGAAUGAAAUAGAAGCAUAGGAAGGCAUGAGUAACUAGUAUUGG